UGCAAGCCUAGUACUAAAGUCAGGGAGCGGCCGGCUGGUUCUGAAACUACGCGCGUAGGUCCUGAUACGGCAGCCGUGGAUGCCAUGGACCCAUUCCUGGUGCUACUACACUCUUUGUCAGCCAGCCUGUCGAGCAGCGAGGUGACUGAGCUCAAGUUCUUAUGCCACAGGCGCGUAGGCAAGAGGAAGCUGGAGCGCGUGCAAUGCGGCCUUGACCUCUUCUCGGUGCUACUUGAGCAGAACGAUCUGGACCCCGAGAACACCGUGCUGCUGCGGGAGCUGCUGGCCUCCUUGCGGCGUCACGACCUGCUGCAGAGCCUAGACAGCUUCGAGGCGGGAGCUACCGCCAGGGCAUCGCCGGGGGAGGCAGACCUGCGUGCCGCGUUUGACGUCAUCUGUGAUAAUGUGGGGAGAGACUGGAGAAGACUGGCCCGUCAGCUUAAUGUUUCUGACACCAAGAUUGAUGGAAUCGAGGAGCGAUACCCCCGCAACCUGUCGGAGCGGGUGAGGGAGUCGCUGAGGAUCUGGAAGAACUCGGAGAAGGAGAACGCGACUGUGGCCCACCUGGUGCAAGUGCUCAGGAGCUGCAAGAUGAACCUGGUGGCUGACCUUGUGGAAGAGGAACAGCGGGCCCGGAAGUCCCAAAAUGAGAGCGGAAGGGUGUCCCCGAUGACAUGAGAAUCAGAUGUGUCCGCCUCGAAGGGACCUUCACAGGCCUACCGCUCUUGUGUGGAACCAUGUCCCCUUGUUGCUGUCCACUGAGAGCAACCCAGUGAUUUGGUGCCCAGCACUAUCAAGACCCCAAGGAACCAGGCAGAGAGCCCUGCCCUCAUGGCUAUAGCCCCACCACUUCUAAAUCAAAGCGGUGUUUACUGAGCGUCUGCCGGCCUGGGGUGUGGGCACUGCACAGAUGUUCCCAUGUUUUCCUUACCAUCACCCUAGGACAGGGGUUCUGUCACCUUUGUUCAGUGAGCACCUGCAGGAAAAUGUUGAAACUGACGAGCACAUAGGAGGAGCCCGCUGACAGCGGUGGUUACUGUCACUCUGUGGGUGAGUGGGGUGGGAGAGAGUCAGGAAGACAGCAGGUCUGGCUCCAGAACCCACCCUUCUAACCACUGUCCUGCUGCUGCCCCACAGCUGGCCACCAGGAAUCUGAUGGCCAAGACCUGGACACCAGGAUCGAGUGGCAUCUUAUCCUGCUUAGGCAUCAAGAGCCGUGCAGGUACAGCCUCUGGCCCCUGAGUGAGCAGAGUCUCUGAGGCUGGCAAAGGGACAGAGGUGGCUGUGGGGACAGACUGAGGAGGAGGCCUCGGACAUGCUCACGAGAGGCUGACGCGGUCAGCACUCAGUAAAUGUUCUCACAAAGAGUAUGAUUGCUGUGAUUGUGCAGUUUACCAAUUAUAUCAGAAUUACUGUCUGAAAACAGACCAGCAAGAGAGCAGGAUCCUGUGCUGUAAGAAAGCAGCCCUGCUUCUAAGGCAGUCUGCCAAGCAAGUGCCUUUACACUGGAGACUUCCAUAGAGUUCCUGUUCCUUUCGAGGACCCUUUGACCUCAAAUCUUCUCUGGAAUUGCACUACGGCAAUGUCAGUCUGCCUUGCGCUCACCUGGGGGCUCACCUGUGAGUAGGGUGGUGGAUCUCCACUGCAGAGCACAGACCACGGGUGAAGGGUGACCAGCCAGAGGGCAGCUUUACCCUUUUGGAAUCGGCCGAGCAGCUGCUCUUUGUCCCGGCUCUCUAGCUCUGACUAGAAAACCACAUGUGCUGUGCUGUGCUGUGCUGCGCUGCUCUGCCUUAACUGCGGAUUAUCAAGUACUUAGUCAUACACCGUCCCACUAAACUGUGGCCCUGACCAUUGAGCUCCUCUGUGCCUUUCUGGUCACUCCCUCUCCAGGGAAGGAGCAGGAGUUUGAAGUAGAGAUGGGCCACCCAGCCUCCCAUUCCCCUGAAGGCACCCAGCGUGAAGCCUGGAGAAGAUGAGUCCCCGGCCUCCGAAGUCCUCUCCAUCCCCUGCUGGACCACAUCACUGUCCACCCUGGGAUGAGGAGGAGGUG